AUCGUUAUCCUUCUGAUCCAGGCCGAUUCGAUUUCUUUAUGUGUAUAUAUGUCUAUGCACAUGUCACAUGUGCUGUGCUUUAGACUUUAGUUCAAAUGUGUCCCAAAUGAGCGACUUGGAGACUCGCACAAGGCCGUCCCAGGACGAUUCGGUGCACUGCAAAGUGUGCGAAGCGACCUUCAAAACAUUACAGGAUUGCCUGGCACACGAGCUGCUUAAGCACACAAUAAAGCCGCAGAAAAAGCUACGCAAAUGCCUGGAUGCAAUCACAAAGCUAUUUGCCAGCGAGCAAAUCCAAUGCGAACGCCGGGUACUGAAGGCGGCACUGGCCCAGGCACCGGCUGGACAGCAUUUGCGUGCGGUGUUGGCGUUCUAUUCGGGCAAUUGCAAUGAGCUGUCGGCUUGCUUCUCCCAGGUGCGAGACACUCUACAAAAACAGUUACACGGUAGAGUAAAAGUAUAUCCCUUCGGCUCACUUGUGACGGGGUUGGCUUUAAAAGAUAGUGACAUUGAUUUGUUCUUGGAGCAAACGGACGCCAGCUCGAAUGGCGUGUCCAGCCGCCAAUUGUUCAACAAGAUUUACAAUUUUUUGCGCCGCAGUGAAUGCUUUCAGAAUGUGUUUGCUAUCCGGCAUGCCCGUGUGCCUAUCAUACGCUGCAAGCAUGUCUUAAGCGGAUUAAGCCUGGAUAUUAAUAUGUCCAGCCCGAAUAGCACGUACAACUCGCGCUUUGUAGCUGAACUGCUGGGCAGGGACGUGCGUAUGCGUGAACUCUUCUUAUUCCUCAAAUUGUGGGCCAAGAAGCUGAAGGUCAUUGGCAGCGGCAGCAUGACCAGCUACUGCUUGAUCACCCUCAUCAUCUUUAGCAUGCAACAGCAGAAGCAAUUACCGUCCAUCAAGCAGCUGCAGACCCGUUGUCCGGUCCUCGAAGUCAUGGGCGUCAACUAUGGCUACAGCCUUCAGCAGGUGCGUCCAAUACCGGCCAGCUUGACCACCCUGGACCUGAUCUCCCAGUUCUUUGAGCUAUACAAUCAAAUGGACUUUGAGAGGAAAUUGUUAUCGCCCUAUUUGGGCUGUGCACUGGAUCUGGAAUCAGCUUUUUCGGUGCCUGGCUCAUUUCCCGAGUAUGAACAGCAGCUGCAUGCGAUGGCCAAGGCGACGGGCGAGCAGCCAGAACCGUUCCAGAAUCAACGUUGCGUUUGCGUGCAGGAUCCCUUCGAGAUGCAACACAAUGUGGGCCAGUCGAUAUCCAUAACGAAUCUGUGUUAUCUGCGCGAAUGUUUGGCAUUGGCACAUCGAGCUUGUAGUGAUAAGAAGAUGGUCUCAACGCCCGCCAAACUUUAUGAAUAUCUGCUAUUUGGUCUGGCCGAGCAACUGUUGCAAGGACAAAGAAUAGAGCAGGGCCACCCAGCCAAGGUGCGCAAGCAAGUGCCGUGUAAAGAGCAGCAUCCGGAGAAAGAGAAAGCCAAAGCGGAGACAAUAGCCAAGAUUGUAGUUGAAGCUGCAGAAAAGUCGACACCCGCAGCAAAAGCAGCAAAAGAGAAAAUAACGCCACUUGUUGCUGCAACAAAGACGACACUUCCUGCCAUCGCAGCUAUGUCAACGGAAUUGCCGGCUGAAACAAAUGCUAAACCCAAAGAAAGGUUAUCCUCGACAAGCUCCGAGAAUGCCUCACCCAUGUCGCAUGUACACAUACUGAAACCCACAAACAAUGAUUUGAAGAGUUUGCGUGCGGAUUUUCUAAGCAAAAAGACGAAUGCAACGCAUACAAUUUUUUACUAUUGGGUUUUAUGCUAUGUGGAUGCGAUCAAGGAUAUUCUAGUCAAUAUAUAUGGCUUAAAUUUGAAGCUGAUCGAGCCAGUUGAGGAGAGCCAACUGAUCGCCGAGCCUCAUCCACUGCCGCAACAUUAUACAUGGCUGAUCAAUACCUCGCUCGAUACUUGGAGUGCGCGCAACUUUCAACGCUCCACGAAGCAAUCCUUCUUUGCACAACAGCUGCAGCAGACCAUCGAGUUCAUCAAAACGCGUCCUGCGAAUGCGAGCUAUGCUGUCAAUCUGAGCGGACGUUUCUCGGUGAUAAUUGGUGAGGACUACAAGGAGCUGCGUCUGGAACUGCAGCCAAUGCCAAGCGAUGCCCUUGGCCUGCAACGGCACAGUCCAUUAACCAAAUUCUUUAAGUCUCUGAAGAACAUGUUGUGCAAUUACAACUUUAAGGAGAAAGUCAUUAGUCUGCAAUAUCAGCGUUGAGCGCCCCGUAAGCCGAGAAAUCCGAUGUUAUCUAUUCAAAAAAAAAAAAAAACAACAACAACAACAAAAACUAAAACAAAAACAAAUAACAGUUCGAAAAUAGAAUCGUAAAAUAUGGAACAUAUAAACAAUAAUAUAUAACCAAACAGACCAAACAAUAUACAAAGGAGACGAGGAAAUAUUUUAAAACGAAAAUAGCUCAAGAUCAAAAUAAUAUUCUAUUGGAUAAUAUAUAUAUUGGGCCAACUGUGAGCUGAAGAAGAGAAUUGCAAUAACCGCUAAUUGACAAAUUACAAGUAUAAUAUAAAAAAUAUAUAGCGAUAAAAGAAGAAAGCCAAACGAAA